AUGGCUGUUUCAGUGUUCAAAAUGUUGGGUCUCUUUGUUGGUUUCUCUUUAAUGGUGGGGUUGGUUGGUUCAGCUAAGUUUGAUGAGCUCUUUCAACCAAGUUGGGCUCAAGAUCACUUUGCUCAUGAAGGAGAGCUUCUUAGGAUGAAGCUUGAUAGUUAUUCUG